CCGGCGCUUUGGCUUGGCUCGGGCUAUAAAUAGCCGGGCCGGUAGCGCCGAGCUUCGUCACAGCCAGCGCCAGCCAGCCAAGCAAGGUCGAGAGCGGCUAGCUUUGGACGGUGGUACCCUACCGAGCUCGGAAGGUAGCUUGCUAGCUCGAAGCGAGCCGGGUGUCCCUAGCUGGUGGUGGCAGUUAGCGAUGGCCGGCGCCGGCGCCCUCCUCCUCGUCCUCAGCCUCCUCGCCCGGGAGGCCGCGGCCGGCGGCUACGGCGGGUGGCAGAGCGCGCACGCCACAUUCUACGGCGGCGGCGACGCGUCCGGCACAAUGGGCGGCGCGUGCGGGUACGGCAACCUGUACAGCAGCGGGUACGGCACGAACACGGCGGCGCUGAGCACGGCGCUGUUCAACGACGGCGCGGCGUGCGGGUCCUGCUACGAGCUGCGGUGCCAGAACGCGGGCGGGUCGUGCCUGCCGGGCUCCAUCACCGUGACGGCCACCAACUUCUGCCCGCCCAACUACGGCCUCCCCAGCGACGACGGCGGCUGGUGCAACCCGCCGCGCCCGCACUUCGACAUGGCCGAGCCGGCCUUCCUCCACAUCGCGCAGUACCGCGCCGGCAUCGUGCCCGUCGCCUUCAGGAGGGUGCCGUGCGUGAAGAAGGGCGGGAUCCGGUUCACCAUCAACGGCCACUCGUACUUCAACCUGGUGCUGGUGACCAACGUGGCGGGCGCCGGCGACGUGCGGUCCGUCUCCAUCCGGGGCUCCCGCACGGGGUGGCAGCCCAUGUCCAGGAACUGGGGGCAGAACUGGCAGAGCAACGCGUUCCUCGACGGCCAGGCGCUCUCCUUCCAGGUCACCGCCAGCGACGGCCGCACCGUCACCAGCAACAACGCCGCGCCGCGCGGCUGGCAGUUCGGCCAGACCUUCGAGGGCGCCCAGUUCUGAUGCGGGCGGGGAUCGGAGGCCUUCCAUCUUCUCCUCCGACUCGAUCGUCUCCACAGCAAGCACCGGGGCCGACGGGGAGGGGUAUAUUAAUUAAGCUACUACUGAUCAUCGGGUAAUCCUCGAUUUGUUUGGGUUUUUUUUCUUUUCUCGCCGUUUUGCGCGUGAUGAUGGGAAAGACGAGGCCUCUUCGACUAUAUUGAACAAGAGAAGAGGGCCUCGCGCUAUGCUGAGGCUGCUAAUCUAGCACCCGCCUAGACGUUUCCUUCUCUGGACUCUGGAUUCAGAGUGAAUGAAUGAAACAUUACAUUACUCUGCCUAGUACUAAUACUAGUACUUUUGGAAGGAAUAAUUGUAAUUUAUUUUGGAACCUUCGUAUCA